AUGAACACAAACUAUACGUACAGUAAGCUGAGGCGCGAGUUCGGCCGACAGUGUUCGUUCGUUAAGUCUGGCCCAACGGCAUUGGUCAACGUGACGCCAGAACCAGGCGUAGAAGAACAACUAUGGUCACCAGAAAAUCCGGUGGACAAAAGCACAAAUAAAGGCAACGAUUGGUCAGAACACGAAGCAAACACUGUGCGCGUGGAGUAUGCUGAACGCGGGAUUUUCCACACGGAAGGUGGUUGGCCCAAAGACAUAAAUCUAGACGAUCCGGAACAAGUGGUUAGGUUCCGGAAGAAGGCGGAAAAGGACGAAACGUAUUUACAAGCGGUUAUGCAAAUGUCUAGCCUCGCCGAACACUUUAUAAAUCAAAACAAUUCGAUAGACAUUUACCAGCCAUACUUUACCGACCCGAGCUGUCAGAAGAUGCAAACGUUGGCACCGUCUUUUCGGACGGUGGCGGUGAUGUCGGACUCCCGGGAACCGACCCGACCGGUACAAAACAUAUCUUGGUCACCCGACCAGGGCACGUUGCUCGCGGUAAGCUACGCCGACAUGCGAUUCCAGAACGCCGACCCAGACACCAGUUUCGACUCGUUCAUAUUCGACUUGGAGGACUCCACCGCUCCUUAUUUCACGAUAGAGUCGCCGCAUCCGAUCGUCACGCUCGAGUUCAACCACAGGGACGCACAGUGCCUGGCUGGCGGUCUGAUGAGCGGUCAGGUCGCGUUCUGGGACAUCCGCAAGAGCUCGGCCAACGUAGCCAUCAGCAACAUAAGGGACGGUCACCGGGACCCGGUCCGGAGUCUUCACUGGAUCCAUUCCAAGACCAGCACGGAGUUUUACACCGGUUCCAGUGACGGUCAGGUCAUGUGGUGGGACGCCAGAAAACUCACAGAACCCACAGAAGUGUUGAUUUUAGAUCUGUCAAAAGGUGAAAACAUCGAAGAACCGGAAUGGGCGAAAUGGGCUCGGUCUCACGGAGUGUUUUGCAUGGAUUACGAUCCUUCAAUACCCAUACGAUUUAUGAUAGGCACAGAGACCGGAUUGGUGUUCAACGGAAACCGUAAAGGCAAAACGGUUUUUGAGAAAAUAUCGUCCACGUAUAACUGUCACCAUGGUCCAGUGUAUUCAGUGCAGCGGAACCCGGCAUUUUUAAAAAACUUCAUGACCGUUGGUGAUUGGCAAGUGAGAAUAUGGUCAGAAGACGUGAAAGAAUCGCCUAUAAUGUGGACCAAACAUCAUGACGUAAAGCUGACUGGCGGUGCGUGGAGCGAAUCGAAACCGUCGGUUUUUUACACGACAAGGGCUGACGGCUGCAUGGACGGUUGGGACAUUUUACAAAAGCAAAAGGAUCCGAUACUCACCAUUAAGGUGGCUGACAAAGAAUUGAAUUGUAUUCGAUGUCACGAAGGUGGUGCUCUGUUAGCCGUCGGCGACGACUGUGGAAAAACCUACGUGAUCAGAAUGAACGAUUGGUUCGUCACUGCCGGAAAAAAUGAUAAAGCCCUGCUGACGGCGAUGUUUGAUCGGGAAACGAGGAGAGAAAAAAUCAUAGAGGCAAAACAACGAGAAAUAAAAUUAAAGACGAAAACGUCGGCAAAAGUUGACACCACUACGACAAAGGAUAAACAUGCCCAAUUGGCCGAAGCUGAAAUCCGAAUGGUGCAAGAAGCUGAAAAGGAAUUUAUGGAACUCAUCGACAUGAUCAUGGACCAACCAUCUGAUGAAAACAACGAUAACACGGAAGAAUUAGAAAACCCAAACGAAGAUGAAGAUAGUAGUGAUCAUUUAUUAAACGAUCAGAACAUUAUUGAUGAAUAAUGGCAAAUAAUUUAUUACAACAAUAAUAGUGUUCGGGUGAA